AGUAAUAGUGUAUAAAAGGAAGGGGCCCAAAAACUGUAUACUGAUGUUCAACAACUAUGAAUACAACGUCGAACAGACCACCAGACAUAGGUUGAUGUGGUGUUGCACCCAAAAGUACAAAACAAAGUGCAGAGCGAGAGUUGCCACAUUCAAAAAUAGAUUUUACUUAACAAUUGCGGUUCACAAUCAUGGACCUACUGUGAAAAAAAGAGCAACGUACGUUGGACAAAUUAUGGAGUAUGGAGGCGAUCCAGGUUCAAAGAAAGCCAUAGAAGUAUCCAUUGAGGACUCCGAAUGAUAAUUGAUUUUUUUAUUUGAAUAUAAAUCUUUUUACUACAAGAGUUACAUAGUGGGUUGCAUGCAUUGAAAUAAUAAAAAUGUUUUCAGGAU